ACGUCAUCCUCCUCUCACGAACGGUGGAUAUUUAAGGAAGUCAUUCAUCAAAAUUGCGUUAGUAUUAGUACAGUAGCGAAGAUGCAAGAAGCGGAUGUUCAUGUGCGAUACACUCGCAGAACGUCAUCCGAUCCGAUCAUUCGUAUCGCCUGAUUAAAAUAUUCGAUAACCAUUUCCCGCGACAAGUCUGCAACUAGUUCAAGAACAAUGUCGACAUUGUUGUUAGCUUUUUGAAGAAAUUACGACAUGAUAGCGCUCACCAGAAAUAUUAGAAUUCUUUUGAGCCGAAACGAGGAGUACCUGAAUGAAAUUGAUACUUUUCUCACCCGUAAAAGUAAUUACCUACGCUGAUAGUAUAAUAUAUACGUCGAACUGACUGAAAUUUAUGAUUUAUCAUGCCACGCAGUCGUUUAGACGCCGUUUACAGGAGUAUUUUGCUCACAAAAUUUUUUACGAAAGGUUGGGGUAGCCCACAGAAUUUGAAGAGGAUUUUCGAAUUUAGGAGAAUUCUUGCUAAAAGAGAAGCAUGUUACGCCCUUAUACCCCAUGAUUAUCCAAUUAACAUAACCAAGGAUGAAGAAUGGUCAGACUGCCAUGUAAUAGAAGGCUGUUUUGAUAGUCCAUUUAACAAACAUCUUCCUGGAAUAAUGCCUAAUGAAACAAUAACUGCACAUUUUCAGCUAAUUCUACCACGUAAAUGGUAUUCUCAUAAAAUGAAACCCAUUUGUAUACAUCUUGCAGGUACAGGAGACCAUUUUUUUUGGCGAAGAAGAAAUCUAGUUGCCAAACCUCUACUAAAAGAGUCUGGAAUUGCAUCUUUAUUACUAGAAAAUCCAUUUUAUGGUUCAAGGAAACCACAGAAUCAAAUACGUUCUAGCUUACAUAAUGUCUGUGACAUCUUUAUUAUGGGAGGAUGUUUAAUAAUGGAGUCUAUUGUUUUACUAAAUUGGUGUGAACAACAAGGUUUUGGACCUUUAGGACUGACAGGCUUAUCCAUGGGUGGACAUAUGGCUUCUUUGGCAGCAACCAGUUGGCCAAAACCAAUACCACUAGUACCUUGUCUUUCAUGGUCAACAGCAUCACCAGUAUUCACUCAAGGAGUUAUGAGCGCAUCAAUUAAUUGGACGCUCUUAGAAAACCAAUAUUUUGCAAAUGAAUUAUAUCAAAACGAUCUCGCCAAAAUGGUGAGAAUCGUUGGUGAGGAAGAUGCGUUUUUGGCUGGACAACACUUUGCUCAACAUUAUCCUGCAAGUAUGAAAAGAGUUCAUGAAUUAAAACAGAAGUCUGAUGGUGCUACUAAAGAAGUAGGUACUAUAACUGCUCCUGAAACUGUGAUUAAUAAUAAAGAAUGUCAAAACUGUGAUGAAGACAAUAAUUUAAAAAAUCAAACUGAAGAUAGUAAUUUAAAAGAUCAAACUGAAGACAAUAGUUUAAAAAAUCAAAUUGCUGAAGAAAAGGCAGCAAGGAUAUUUCCCCUAAAGCUUUUGUCUAGCAAAUUUAAAUUAAAAGAUUCAAAUGCACUUAAAGGCAGGGCUUUUAAUACUAAUUUUAAGGUGUGGUGUGAUACAAGCAUGAUCAUUCUGCAUAUUCCUUUGGCAUUAGGUGUUUGUUUGUUACCAGUUCCAAGACACCCAUUGUUCUCGGAUUGCAAAUGGCGCGAACGGGAGGCGCUACAGUUUAUGUGUGGAAUAAUGGAUGAAUGUACACAUUUAAAAAAUUUCGAAGUACCUGUUGAUACUGAGCUGAUUAUUGCUGUCUGCGCGAGAAAUGAUGCGUACGUGCCACGCGAUGGCUGUAUGAGCUUAGACAAAAUCUGGCCAGGAGUUGAAAUUCGAUAUAUAGAUGCUGGACAUGUAUCAGCGUAUCUUCUUCAUCAGAAAGUAUUUAGAUCUACUAUAGUAGAAGCAUUUCACCGGACAAUAAAGAAAUAUCCUUCACAGAACAGUUGA